AUGGCCAGUUGUACCACUCCACUUACGAAGAGUGCUCGCAUCAACCGACAAACUAGUUCACUUCAAUUUCUAUUACCGUCUACACCUGAAUCAUACCCUAGGUCUGCACCAGCCAAUCCCUACCACUUCCCUUCCCCUUCACGUGUUGCCGCACCGCAGACACCCACCCCACUCAAAAGGUCGUUGCCAUCCGACGAAAACUCCGUUCCUCAAUUCGUUCUCCACUCAUCGAGUGCGAAGAAGGCACGGACAAAUGCAACCAGCGUCCCCGAAACCAACGGCAGCAAGCUCGCCUAUAUACUCUGUGCAAUCGAGCACGUAAACUGGACGCUUGCGGAGUUCCUAUACCAUGCCUUUCGCCCUCCUUUAAAGGGGGAUAAAUCCACUUCUCGAACGUCUUCGCAUGCUGCUUAUGUCCAGCAUUUCCUUCGUGGUCGCACCAAGUAUACCCCUGCCGACAUCAUUCACGCGUGGUUUCACUCACCGGAUGGCAUCCUUAGCGAAAAUGACCCCGAACUCAAUUUUAUGUUCGCGAUAACUCCUCCCUACACCGAUCUCAAAGGAGUCCGUCCUGCACUCUCCUCAUUUGCAGCUCAGACUGUGAAGCAAAAGCUUGUCGCGGACAUCAAGCACGCUGUUAGGCCCGGAAAUGGCCUUCAUGUCUCAUUUGCCCCCUCGGAAUCUCGUCAAUCCUCAGACUGGGAUGACAUUGGGAGCAUGACUGUUACCAAAAUCGAAGAGACACUUCGCAAGGAACAACCCCUUGCAAUGGUGCUUCUAGAAGCCAUCGCUACUGGCCCGCAACGAAAGCACCGAGGCAAAGACACUCAGCGGCGUAUUCGCCCUGUCCGACUCGUUUGUACACAUGCACUGUCUUCCCUAGCAUUCUGUCAUUCUACUCAUGCCCAGGCCCUGCCAAUGGCCCGCGGAAUUCAUGAAUUUGCAUUAUCCAUUCCGUACGAUCUUUUCGUGUACAACAGCCGCAUUGGCACCUCUCCGUCAUAUAGUGCCAUUUAUAGAGCGCUUCAGAUGCUUUCUAAUUACCUAAGGCAGCGCGAUUCUCGUAUCGGUCGCUCAAACAUCAUGAACAUUGGUCUCGCUGGUACCUACAUUGAACUGGAGGAUAUUGACGUUCUUGCCUUUGACAUGUCCGCCAAGAGCCGUCUCUUGGAUGAGAACAGGCGAACGACUGCUAAAGUGGAAGACUUCCUUGAUGCCAUUGACCAGUCUCACCUUGAACACAAGCUCUCGUCAUACCAGGAACACGUCUCCAUACUCUUCCGCACACGAGGUGCCAAACUUCAGCUUCCCAUUCGACCCAAUAAAAUCCACCCGCUCGCAACCAGCAGCAAGAACAAAACAGUGACGACGGAGUUAAAGGAUGCCCUUGUGGACUUUUUGGGGCAAAUAGGCCAGUCAGUUGAGGAGUUCCAGAAACAGCUCUUACUCAUCAGCGGUGAUGGCUUGACGUACGAGAAGAUUAUCCAACUCAAGAAAUAUCUACAAUACCAUGGAGACGAGUUUCAGCGGUUUGAAAUCCUUGAGCCAGUGCUUGCCAUAUGGCAUACUCUAUGGACUGACCUCAGUUGUCUCUUCGAGACCCAUUGGGGAGCCACGCUCAGCCGUGAUCCAUCUACACUUGGUAAUAGUGCAACCAAGAUAGGUCGGUUGGCCCCUUCAUCCCUCAAAAAGGUCGAUUACUAUCCACACUCCGAGCUCGCAUACACAGUCCUUGAAGUGAGAAUGCUGGAUUGUUGGCGCAUUCACUUCGGAGCAAAAGACCUUUUUCAACACUUCAAGAAACUCGCCGUUGAGCAGAAACUCCCCCCCAUUCGAAGACUUGGAGGAGAUGUACGGCAGGAUAGUGUAUGGUCACGUUCCAUACCAGAAGGAUCACCGUGGACCAAGCCACCACCAGAUGGAGCGGAGAGUACCAAGGGUGACUUUGUCCUUGCUCGCUCGGUUUCAUUCAUGUGCGAUGCUCUUAUCUCUCGUGAGGCUGCAUAUGCUGCAGCUGAAGGUGACGUUGGACGUGUUUAUGAAGUGGUGAAGGUUAUGCUAUUCACGUUCGCCGGCUCAAGUCACUCAAAAUAUGUGACAUAUCUACUUGAAUUUAUCACCACCCUUGAGAUGGAAUCCACGCCUCUGCUGCGAGAUGCGAUCCUUCGCAGCCUACUUGUCAACAUUAGUGGGCAAGCGGGUAGCUUCAUGGCUGUUGAUUUCCUGCAAGAGUACCUCAAUCGUCUCCUCCAAGCCAUUGUCGAGCGCAAAGGCAUGGAUUAUGGUGAACGCUACAUCCGAACAGUCAUUGCCAGAAACUUGCAUCACUUUGCCCGGGUAAAGACAGAGUUCGGAAGAGAUGGACUUGACCUUUCUGCAUGCAGUGGCCGCCACGCUACACCUCAUCUCCGUGCAGAAGUUCGAAAGCUUCUGGAAGAAUAUCAGCAAUACGAACUACACUUCCGUCACCCAGGUCGCCAGAUUGACCCCCUAGACCCUGCUACAUUCGAUGACUUUCAUCAAGGAGUUGCACGCUUGCGAAAGACCAAGCUUCCGUUGUGGAUCAAGCAGUCAUCCCAGUAUUGUGACCUACGUAUGCGAGCAGGCCUGGGUGAAGAUUCCAGUACCGUCCCUGGUACUGGAAUUGAUCAAGAAGUCGAUGAAGGCAAUGACUCUGAACCAUUCACACUAGGGGAUAUGUAUAUGGUUGAUGGCGAGUUAAUUAUUGAUAUGUCUAACAUGGAUUUGGAUUUGGAGAAUGAGGAGGCAUAUUUAGCGAAUGAUUUGGACAGUGAGUCCGAGUUGACGGAUGAAGAAGAGCCUUGUGUAGUACCUAACUAA